AAAUAGACCGGAGUUAUGGAUAAAUACUAAUAUUCAUGGCAUGUUACCUAGUGAAACAUAACAUAUCAGUCUGUGGAAUUAACUAAUCUUAUUCAAUCUUAAAAUACCGUUCGUUCUCUGGAAAUGUCAAUUCAGAGGACUUGAAAUUGAAUAAGAACUUUCUAUUGAUUCGUAUCAAAGGAAAAAAAGAAAGAAAUCUAUCGAAUCUAAGCAACAGAAUUUACAAUUCUGUCAAUCUCAAAAAUAAAAGGACAUGAUACAUAUUGUCUUGUUCAGGCACACGAAUCUGAGAAAUAAAAGUAACAACAUAAAACAUUGGUCAAGUUGAAGAAAAAAGAAGAAAGAAUAUUUCAAGUUUUUCCCGCCACUGAAUAGCCGGGAAACCUCUGUGUGCAUGAAAAGUCGACGUGCCAAAAUAUAUACUGAAUCGUCGGAAUUAUUCAGCAAGAUUCAGAAAUCCCGAGGUGGUUGUGUGUUGCGCAGCGUGUUAACAGUUUACCCCCCCAGUGUCGCAUUAAAAACCUGUGUUGAAUUUGUUUGUCUAUUUUCAUUUGUAUUUACCAUUUACUAUUACGUAAAGUUUUGUGUAUACAGACACAAUUAAUAGAGAUACAAAAGAUGAGAAGGGCAUCAUCUAUCGAUAAACCAUUAAGCACAAAAGGCAGUAACGAGAACUCGACAUACCGCUACAGAGUUUCAGAGAAUUUAAAAAAUGUCGAGAUUAAACGACUAAACUAUCAAAAUUUGGAUCGAAACACUCAAUUGCAGAGAAGUAUCUCUGCCGACAAUGUUGUGAUACGAUCGCGGGGAUUCAAACCAUCAGACAGACACGAUCCGUCAAAGAGAUUGUUUCUCGAGCAAUUGUCCACGAAAAUUCUCCACUUCGACAUGGAUAGCGGCGAGAAGGCACCCACUCCCAUCAGUUUGGAAAAAUUGUUAACACCUGCUAUGGACUGUUCCGAAUUACUUCAAACCAAAAAAAAAAUGUAUGCGUCUUCGUGCUUCUACGCCCCAACCCAUCCAACCGUAGAGGAUCAAGUUGAACUCGCCCGGCGUAUUUCAUAUUCGCUGAGUGAUGCUAAAAAUAUGAAGAGCAAGGGCCAAUCUAUGUACGUCAAUAGAAAGAAGAGAUCAGUCAAAUGGAUCCACGAUGGAAAUGGUGCUGAAGCUGACGAGGAACCUCAGACACCCAUGCACAAGGAUAAAGUGCCGCUGAAAUGCAUGAUGAAUCCGAACGGCAAAGUCCUGGACAUUCAUUGCAUCCAAGCUCUCGGUGAGGAGUCGAACAUCGGAACGAGUCCCAUAAAUGCUGACAAAUUAUUCGACAUCGUUCGUGAUUUAAAUAAUCACAAAGGACGAGGCGCCGAAAUAUUUGCGAAACGCCGGAAAAGGUCGGAGAAAUGGGUCGUUGACAAAGACCAGCCAUCCACCCCAACCCAAAAUCAACCCAAAGCGUCAACAUACCCAAACAAACUGAUAAACGAUUAUGGUGCGAAUGAAAACUCAAAGUUAUCGAAUAUUCCACUUUCCCCGAUCACAUCAAGUCAAAACGACUCAAAGCCGUUCUUUAAUCCGUUCACGAUGGACUUGUCACUGCACAAUGGAAAUAUGCCCUCAGGAGCGGAUUUUCGCUGGUCAAGACCGACCCCCGAAAGCUACUCGCGACGAUACGAGGAGCCCCAAAAACCGGAACGCGAUAUAAAGAAAAUCUACUUGCGAGAAGUUGCAGUGGGUACCGAUUCAGAUUAUCCCAUGAAUUCGAUCAACGGUGGGCAUUACAAUGGCCGUUAUCAAAACGUCCCCAUUCCGGUGGAGAAAUCCCGAAGAAUGUCCUUUGACUCGGACCGUUAUGAACCGUUAUCACACCAGGUCCAGUCGUCUCACCGCACGAACAACUCAAUGAAUUGCGCCAAUAAUUAUAUGAACCACCAGAAUGGUCAUCCCCGGGGAGAACUGAUGCCCGAACAUGAAGCUGAAACCGAUUACACCCCAGUACCGGUCAAGCAACUGAUCCAGGAGUUCGAGAAGACUUGUCGACCGAUUCUCCAAUACAAGCAACUAACUCCUAAAAUCCUCCCCGUGGUGCAGCAACCCCCACUGGAAGAUAUAUCCCGGUUCUUUGACGCAGUGCAACCUCACAAAAAAUACGAGGACUCGAGAACCAUCGUCAACUACCCCAAGAACGGAAAAAAUAUUCGAGUUUCAAACGCUCAUGCUAGUAGUCAGCUCAUCUCCAACGGUCAUGGCUCAAAUGGAUACACAAGCGGGUACCAGGGAACAAUGGUUCCCAGGUAUGAGUACGACUCGACUGACGAUGAGAUUGACGAUUCCUUCGGGGAGUCUAGCUCCUCCGAGACCGCCCAAGAUUACUACGGACCGAGUCCCGGUUUCUCAAGUGGAAAUCGCGUCUCGGCAAUGAGCGAUUACGACUAUCGGCAUCAAAUGUUCGAUUGCGCCACUGACCAACUGUUAGACUGUCCCGUCCUCAGUACGAUAGACACAAAAUUCGUCGAUACUGAGGCUCCCUUCGCAGCCGAAACUAAAGCUCUCAAAUUGGCGAUGAUUGCCUCCGAAGAGGACAUUAUGGAACAGAUUAAACAGCUCAGGAGGACUCCGGUCGUGGAGAAUCUUGUCCCAGGGCCUUCACCGGAUCGCAGUAAAUUGGGGGAUUUUAUACCGGAGCUAGCAAAUAAAAUGAUGGAGAGUACCUACAACGGUCCGAAAAUCUCUAACUAUCAAGUGCUGACGAAUUACAAUACAGCACCACGUGGUUGGGAUCAAUCUCAUGCUUUCUAUCGUCCCAUCACCUUCCGCAAACCUCAAGAGCCCAUUGCCUACUCAGACUUCUAAUCAAUAUCAGUAUUGAGCAUAAAAUGUUAUUCACUUUGUUGAUAACAAACAAUAAUAACAAAAUUUGCUAUCCUGCUAUCCAAGAGCUUCGGUAUGUUUUCCUUAUAUUAAAGAAAGUGAUUAAAUGAUUUGAUCCGCAA